UUCAGCAUUUGCAAUGUAUUAGAUCUCUGCUAGCUAGCUUCUUGUUGUGAAAGUGGCUUUACUGUGACCCUUUGGUUUCAGCUCCCCACAGUGCUACUGUCACAAAGCAGAUUUUCUUUUCCAUGUCUUAAUGAGAAAAGAUUUAGCAGCAAAACCCUCUUAGCAAUUCUUGCUCACUAUUCCCUGGAGGAGCUGCUGUAUCUGGGGCAGCAAAGAGCUGUGCUUUUUGCAGUGUGCUUUUUGCAGUAUGCUUUAAAGACGCUUCACUCUCGUACCAGCUUCAGUGAAAUCUACAGCUUCCACGUAACCAGAGCUACGGGGUAGGAGAAGAGUCCAGGAACGUGACUUCCACUCAAAAGAUUAAUACUUCUGCUGGAAGGCUAAUAAAUCAAGUUUCGAGUGUGCAGAGGAUCAGGGAUGCGUGAAUGACAGAGGAGGUGCCCCCGACUGCGCUUACUGACAUAAACCUGCGUCUUCUCUGCCACGAUGACAUAGACACAGUGAAACAGCUCUGUGGCGACUGGUUCCCAAUAGAGUACCCUGACUCAUGGUACCGAGAUAUCACUUCCAACAAGAAGUUCUUUUCCCUUGCAGCCACGUAUAGAGGCUCCAUCGUGGGAAUGAUAGUAGCAGAGAUCAAGAGCAGAACAAAAGUGCAUAAAGAGGAUGGAGACAUCCUAGCUUCCAGUUUUCCUCUGGACACUCAAGUUGCUUACAUCCUAAGUCUCGGAGUGGUGAAGGAGUUCAGAAAACAUGGAAUAGGUUCGCUCUUGCUUGAAAGUUUAAAAGAUCAUAUAUCAACGACGGCCCAGGAUCACUGCAAAGCCAUCUAUCUGCACGUCCUCACCACUAACAACACAGCAAUAAACUUCUAUGAGAACAGAGACUUUAAACAGCACCACUAUCUUCCCUAUUAUUAUUCCAUAAGAGGGGUCCUCAAAGAUGGCUUUACCUACGUUCUCUACAUCAACGGCGGACACCCACCCUGGACAAUCUUUGACUACCUACAGCACAUUGGAUCAACACUAGCCAGCCUGAGCCCCUGUUCAAUUCCCCAGAGGAUAUAUCGACAAGCCCAGAGCCUUCUCUGCAGCCUUCUACCGUGGUCUGGCAUUUCUGCCAAGAGCGGCAUUGAGUAUAGCCGGACAAUGUGACUUGAUCAGAAGAUGUACAAGAAGCAAAGGAUUGUUCUUCCUUUCAUCUCCUGAACCAUCGGCUCUGCACUGAUUCCAGCGAUGGUGGCUUUCGGUCAGUGACCCAGCCCUUUGGAAAGAACUCCUUUUUCCACAGAUUGACCAAGAUUUGGCAGACUUCCAGUUUAACUGGCUGCAGCCCUGACUUACCCCGGUGGCCUGGAGUCUGCGAGUGCUGCAUGGACGGGCCUGGCUGCCUUGUAAGGCACCUGGCUGUGCCGUAGGCGAGGGCCUCUUGCUGUCACAGGUCUGUGUGCAUGUUGCACCGUCCCUGCCACUGCCCUUGCCUCUGGCUGGUUCACUGGUUCACUCGUAGUUGUAUCCACGAUGCAGAGGGGUUCAGUCGCUGCUCCCACGCUGUCGCUACGGAAGGUGAUGUGAAUGAGGUUAACGAAUCUGCACUGACCAACCAUGUAAAUGAACCGUAAGCGGCCUGGCAGCCGCUGCCAGCAGGGGAUGGAGUUGUGUCCUAGUCGCAGGGGCGGG